AUGAAAAAUAAUCUAGGUAGUAAUCCUUUUUAUAAGGCUCUAUGGAAACUGCCUAUUCUUCCUAAAGUUGCUUUGUUUAUAUGGAAAUGUCAUGAAAAUAUCAUUCCUACCAAGUCUGUUCUUGCUAGGUAUAAUAAUACUCAUGACUCCCUCUGCAGCAUGUGUAAUUCUAAUCAGAUAGAAACUCCUGAACAUCUACUUCUUCACUGUUUGUUUGCUAGGUCAGUUUGGGCGCUAACCCCUUAUGCAGAUCUAAUUGAACAGGAUAUUGCAUCCUCCCUCAGUAUUCCUGAUUGGGUCAUCAAGUGGACCAUGAAUAAUUCCUUGAAAGAUAAGGCAAUUGUUGAUUUUACUAUUGCUUGGAGCAUAUGGAAAGAUAGAUGCUUCCACACUUUUCAGGAGAAAGCUCUCAAUCAUUUCUCUACAGCUAGAUUGGCUCUUAAACUAGUCAAUGACACAAAAAUUUAUUUAAAAAAUGAUACUCCUCUUUCUGUCCCCUCUCAUGAUCUUGUAGAAGAAAAGAACUUAUCUUAUGUCACCGUCUCUUUACCACAUGACUGUGUUAUUCUUUUCUGUGAUGCAGCUUUUGAUAAGGAUACUAAAUUCUCUGGUAUUGGUCUUAUUUUGAUAGAUAUCUCAGGCUACUUCAUUGGAUGCAAGCUUAAGGCAAGGUCAGUGAGGAAUGCUGAAGAAGCAGAAAGUCUGUCUAUUUUGGAGGCAGUGCAAUGGGCAAAAGAGAAAAGCUUGCAGAAGAUUUGUUUUAUUAGUGAUGCUAAAUUAGUUAUUGAGUCUCUGAACUCAUCUUCCAACCAGUUGUACUGGUAUAAUAUACCAGUCAUAAAUGACUGUAAAACUUUAGCUUCCAAUUUUUGUUUUCUCAAUUUAACUUCUUAA